AUGGGAAGAAAAUGUUCAGUUCCCCAUUGUUAUACUGGUUAUCGACAGUGCAAAGAAAAGGCAGCGCUAUAUAAAGUACCAGAUGAUGAUUUCUUCCUCAGCAAGUGGCAAGAAGCAAUAGCUAGAGAUGACAGACCUAUCACUCCCAAAGAUUUUGUUUGCGAAAAGCAUUUCAAAGAGGAGGAUAUUCUUCGGAGGAGAAUAAUAAAGGAUGUUGUUGAAGAAUACCAAAGACCGAAGCUGAAACCUGAUGCUAUACCGUCGAUUUUUCCCGAUUGGCCAGAGUUCAUCUCCAAAAUGACCAAAAAAAGACGAAAGAUGCCAGUAGAAACUGAUGGCGUUAUCGAUAUGACCACGAACAGCGAUGAUGAAGACAAUCCUGAGACUAGACGAGACGCGCAACACUACUCAGGGGACAGUGAAAUCGAAUUGAAUAAUGAAGAAAUCGAGAUUAAAUCUGAAUAUGAAGAAUCAAUGGAUAUUACGAAUCGAGAUAAUGAGGAAGAAGAAGAAGAUGAAGACGAUACCAUCGGGCCCAAAAUGUAUCGGUGCGACCAGUGCAAGUACAAAACCCAGUAUGCUCACAACUUGCGAACCCACAAAACGAAACACCUGUCUGGCAACAACGCCUACAUGCGUUGCCACCUCUGCGUCACGUACAAAACCAAAUGGGAAUCGGUUUUCAUCAAUCACAUGAAAACCAAGCAUGGAAUUUGUCUGACGAAGGCGAUGAGGUGCAUUUUUUGUAAUUUCAAAACCAAGGUGGAGCAAUGUCUUGUUCGACAUUGUGAAAUGGAGCAUCCUGGGCAAGUAACUCCAGAAAAAACAUCAAAUUAUGGAUAUGGAGCUAAAUCGAAAAAUGAGUACAAUACUCACAUAGUACAAGAACACAGUGAGAUUAAUCCAUUGAAUCCCAUUAUUGUUGAAUCCGGUUGUCAUGAAAGAGAUAUCAUGAAAGGAGAUGUCAAUGCAGUCGAAGAUAGGCUCCAGUCAGUUCAUCAUGAAACUCACCAAGGAGUGCCAAAAGGGCAUAAACAAAUUGAUAAAGCCGAGUAUAGUUGUUCACGUUGCCAAUUCAAGACUUCUACUCAAAUAUUACUACAAAAUCAUCUGUUUAAACACCAAUUUACCCAACAAAAUAAAUCGUGUUUGAAAAAAAACGUAGUUUCUAGGGAAUUCUAUUGCACCAAAUGUUCUUUGUCUUUUAAUAACGAAGCUGAUCUCAAGAGGCAUUUGUUUUCACAUCGAAAUGAAAAUAAAAAAUCAGUUGAUGAAAGUAUAAAGUCACUGUUAGGAAGAAAAGUGAAUAAUAACAAUGAAAAUGGCAUGGUUAAAGUGCCGAAUUUCGAUGUGGUCACUGUAAAAGAGGAUCAUACCACUGAUUUUUGA